AUGACCGACAAACUUCCGCCUAAUUUACUCAAAUUAUUUGCACCUCGACCACCAUUACCUUAUUAUCCUCCUCUUGAUAAAGAUCCUUCAAAGCGCGCUGGUUGUAGAGUGACUGGCAUCGCGUCCUAUGUGCCAAUGUUAAAAGACCAUGAUCCUGAUUACGUGCCAUGGAAAUCAUUGGCAGAAAAGCGCAAAGAAAAGGCAGAAGCUAAAAGGAAAAAAGCAGAAGAGGAUUUGCAAAAGGCGUUGGCUGAAUAUGAUCCCGAGAAGGAUGAAAAUAUCACUGGAGACCCUUUUAAUACACUCUUCGUCACGCAUCUCAGCCCUGAAUUAACAGAAAGUGAUUUACAAAGAGAAUUUGAAGUUUAUGGUCAUAUAAAGAAGAUUCGUCUUGUCCGCGAUAAACAAGGAAAGUCUCGUUGCUAUGCUUUUAUAGAAUUUGAAAGAGAAAAAGAUAUGCGUGCGGCAUAUAAAGAUGCAGAUGGACUCAAAAUUCUUGGACGACGCAUAUUAGUAGAUGUCGAACGUGCUCGCACUGUGAAAGGAUGGCGGCCUCGACGAUUAGGCGGAGGGCUUGGUGGAAGAGAGCAAAAAGCUACUAAUACAAAUAGUUCUUACAAAGAUCGUCAUCAUGACCGUGGCUAUAACCGACAUGGUUACAAUAGAAGGGACGAUGACAGAAAGAGAUCACGCAUGCGCUCGAGAAGUCGAAGCCCAAGAGGCUACAGGGACCGUGGGGAUAGAUACCGUGGCAGAGAUAGGUCAAGAGACCGUCCUAGAAGAGACAGAUAUUAA